AUGCUGGAUAAAUACUCCCCAGAUGUCACGGAACAAUUCAUGCAGCUGAAAACUGCUUAUGAUAUUUUACGACGUUCAGUUCGAAGAAAACAGUAUGAUCAAAUGAUAGGAAUAGAGAAAUUGCAGCGUUUCAAUAGGAGACCAGAGAAUACUAACCUUUACGGUGGUAAUACUGCACAGAACAACUAUAGUUUUAUGACAAAUUUUGGUAUGACGGCUCGAGAAUUUGUCAGUCGUGAUUUCUAUGUACGAUUAGCAGAUAGUUCAGAUAAUUCGCUGUUGUAUUUUACUGCUGGUGGUUUAACACUGAUUUUAAUUCUACAAGGACUCUAUGUUUGGUAA